AUGAUCGAAGGCACUGAUAAGAAACCUGAAACUACAACGGCUAUUGCAGCUGCGAUAAAAACAUUGAAUAAAUCAAACGCAGAGGCAAUGCUCAUCCUUUCAAGCACCAUGGAGUACUCGCAGCUAGAAUACCUAAUCACUUGCUCUACUGCAGCAGAAAUGUGGUCGAAAUUGUCAGCGAUACACGAGCAAAAAACGGCCACAAAUAAAUUGGCACUCAUCACCAAGUUCCAUGAAUAUCGGAUGGGGUACAACGACUCCACAGCUCAACAUAUCAGCAAAGUCGAAAAUAUGGCAAGCCAGCUGAACGACAUCGGAUCACCAGUCGCAGACGUAAUGGUAAUGGCGAAGAUCCUAGGAUCACUACCACCGAAGUACCACUUAUUCAUCUCUGCCUGGGAGAGCGCGCCUGAGGCUAACCAAACUCUCAACAACCUACGAGAACGUCUACUACGAGAAGAAGGCCGCCUAAACAACUCCGAAGAUGUCAACCGUGCGCUAGCAUCCAUGAGCAUCUUCAACGAAACGUCCAAGGAAAAGGUUCAACAUACAGGCGGUAACAAAAAUCAUAAUGGUAAUAAAAAACGCGUGUAA